AUGAAUGCAAGUAAUCCUUCGAAUAGUUUAAGGCUCACCCACUAUGACCCAUCCGAGGAGAUCAUCGUGGCAGCAGAUGUAUCGAAGUACGGCCUUGGCGCAGUUAUCAUGCAGCGGUUCCCGACCGGUGAAAGAUGCCACUACGGACAUGUGGAAAAGGAAGCAUUGGCCCUGAUUUUCGCUGCCACUUGCUUUCUCAAGAUGCUGUACGGACGUCACUCUCUCCUGCAGACCGAUCAACAACCGCGCCUCAAGCGUUUGGCCUUGACUCUCCUGCUGUAUGAUUUCGACAUCAAGCACGUUUCAACGACAAACUUCGGCUAUGCGGGUUUCCUUUUGUGGACGAUGUCAUCGCAACGAAGGCCGGAUGAAGAUUACGUGAUAGCCGUCGUAUACGUCGAAUCUGAAGCAAAAGCGAUUCUCGAAGAAACCCUCAGCAACGCACCAGAUCAUUGUGGCUGA